GCCGUUUCCGUUUUACCCACAAAUCGCCACGAGUAAACAUGCGCACUCGAUAAUUACUGUCGAUGGGCGCUUGAAGUGUGGAGAAGGAAAUUUUGUCAUUUGACGAAUAUUAGCGCAUAUAUUGACAUUUCCUCUUUUAUUGGACCAUUUGAGGUGGCCAUUGACAUUGUUAAUCCUCUAUUUUGUGACAGGGUGUUUGACAAUUUGUGUUGUUGUUGAGAACAUACGUGCAGAAGUUGAAUUAGUGAUUGACCGAUAGGUGGCAGCAGAGUCGUUUAGUUUACUCGCAACACGUGCGCGAUGUAAACAAUACGACACGAGUACGUUAGUGAAGUGGUCGUGGAUCGGUGAUAUGUUCACAGUGUUUCAGAACAAUGAGUGUGGAAGUGAAAACGCCGACGCGGACACAGUUUGAGCACACUGAAUUCCAGUGUGGUGAAAAAACAACCCCCGAGCUGAACUUCGGUGGAGAUGACGAUCGUCGAGAUGGAAAGUUCGACUUCAAGAAAGAACAAGACAGCCAAUCCAAAUCACAAAACUUCGGAUAUAGAAAGAGGAAGGCUAGUCAUGCCAGUAAGAAUGACUUAACUAUACAGCAUGGAGGAUACAGGAAGAAAAGGUUUCGAUCAGAGAGUAACAUUGUGCUCCCAACGAAGUUUUUACUUGGUGGGAAUAUUAAUGAUCCAUUAAACUUGAACAGUUUAAAUGAUGAGACAAUUAAUGAACUUCUUAAUCAGAAGACACCCCAGUCCUCACCUCUUCCAACCCCCCACCACCGGAAGGACAUAGAGGUCACAAUCCCCAUAAAUAUUAACGACCCUCUGAACUUGGACAGUAACGAGGAUGCCUCAUCUAGUAAAAAGAAGAAGCGGAAUAAACAUAAACGGAAAAGUGAGGAUACACCAUUACCACAGAAAGAAUCGGAGAAGAGGCGAGGGUUGAUGGAGGCUCUGAAAAUUGAGAUAGAUGACACUUUCCCUUCAGCUCCAGUGGUGCAGGAGGAUUCUCCACAAAAUGAAUCUGCCAAAUUAAAAUUUAAAAAACCAGACACAAUUGUAUCCCCCGUUAUACCUCAAAUUUCCCCAAGCAGCCGCCGUUUCCGUCGAAGGACACUGAGUUUGAGCGAUGCAAGACCUGACCAACAGCCGUCACAAAGUACGUCACGCGCCAUUCUGCGGACGUCUCUCAGUCCGCCCAGACAAUCGGCAUUAGAGAUCGAGGACUUGACACCCGGGAGGAAGUUCAGGAGACAAGUAAGCCAAAAAUCUGACAGGCCUCAGAAGAAAAAUCAGAGAAAUAAAAAGUUUGUUUAUGGAAAUUACAAUCGAUACUACGGGUACCGGAACCCUGAGGCAGAGGAAGAUCCCCGACUGGCGUGCAUGAGAGCAGAGUGGUUCGAGGGAAAGGACGUGUUAGAUAUUGGAUGUAAUGUAGGACAUGUUACACUGACAAUAGGAAAAAGGUUUCACCCAAGGAAAGUCGUGGGAAUAGACAUAGAUCACACACUCAUUGCAGCUGCCAGAAAAAACAUUAGGAAUUACAUGUCCAGUAAAUCAGCUGAUGUUCAAAAGUACCCAUUGUCAGUUCCCAUUAACUAUGGUCCCAUUGCUGCCCCGGCUGUGUCCCAAAAAACACAGAGUCCAGGUUUCCCUGCUAAUGUGGCAUUUAUGAGGGAAAACUAUGUUCUGGAGAGUGAUGAGUUGGUAGGCUUACAACAUGAAGAGUACGACGUCAUAAUGGCCCUGAGCCUCACUAAAUGGAUCCACCUGAAUUUCGGUGACAGCGGACUGAAGAGGUUUUUCAAACGAAUCUUCAAGCACCUGCGUCCAGGCGGCCGGCUGAUUCUGGAACCCCAGCCCUGGUCAUCAUAUAAAAAGAAGAAAAAAAUAUCAGAGGAGAUUCAGAAGACUUUCCAGGGGAUUCAGAUGAGGCCGGCCCAGUUCUCCGACUAUCUCCUGUCACGCGAGGUGGGCUUCACAACAUGUGAAGUGAUCGACAUCCCCUACCACAAAUCCAAAGGUUUUAGAAGACCCAUCCAAAUGUACAGAAAACAAGAAACUGCACACAGCAGCCCAAAACAAGAACUACUCUCACAGACUUCAACUGCAACACACAGCAGCCCAAAACAAGAUCCACUGUCACAAGGAUCAACUGCAGAGGCACACGGCAGCCAAAAACAAGAUCCACUAGCAAAGUCAAUAGCUGUAGCACACAGCGACAGAAAACAUGAUCAACUCUCACGGACAACAACCCUCAUACAAAGCAGCCAUGAGGGAAUUAGUAUGGAACAGUUCUCACAAAGAACAACAAUCUCAGACGGAACUAGCCAAUCAGAAAUCAGACUAGAUAUAACUGCCCAAUCAGAAAACAGCUCGGAUUUAGUAAACCAACCAAAAAUCAAAGUCGAUCUAGAGGUGCUCACCCAAUCAGAAAACAGACUUGAUCAGGAAAGAAGCAAUAAAUCAGAAAAAUAGUUGUGAUUUGAAGCACAGUGACAAGCUUAGUUUUUUCAAUGAUGGGGCAAAAACUGAAAUUUUUUGGAAGAACUGCAAAAUCACUUGGAGAGACCUUAAAACUUUCAAAAGAAAUUUCUUUAAAAAACAAAACUGCUGAACAAUGCUGAAUAAUGAGUAGUUUCAAUUAUGUUUAAAAUUUGUUUCAAUGAAUAGUGCAAUAUAUUCUGAUUUUGAAAGUAUCAGAGAAUUAAGGUGGCAUGUGCCAGAUUAUUGUGUCAGAAAAUUAAUGUGGUAUGUGCUGAUUGACUUUACCUUGUUGCUGAUCCAUUGUUCUGUGUCACAGAAAAAAAUACAGUGAACUUGUUAACUGGCAGCUUCAUGUUGAAUUCUGUGCAUGAUUAUCCCAUGUGUGACAUGGAAACAUUACAAAAAUGUAAUUGUUCUAAACCUAAACUACAUCUGAAAUACAACAAAU